AUGGACACUGGUGUUAUCGAAGGAGGUUUAAAUGUCACACUUACUAUUCGCCUACUUAUGCAUGGGAAGGAGGUUGGAAGCAUCAUUGGGAAGAAAGGAGAAUCUGUAAAGAAGAUGCGUGAAGAGAGUGGUGCUCGCAUUAACAUCUCAGAAGGGAACUGCCCAGAACGGAUUAUCACUCUUGCUGGACCCACUAAUGCAAUUUUCAAAGCAUUUGCUAUGAUCAUUGACAAACUGGAAGAGGACAUCAGCAGCUCAAUGACCAACAGCACGGCUUCUAGCAGGCCCCCCGUCACUCUGAGACUUGUGGUACCUGCCAGCCAAUGUGGCUCUCUCAUUGGAAAAGGAGGCUGCAAGAUCAAGGAGAUAAGAGAGAGCACGGGGGCACAGGUCCAGGUGGCUGGAGACAUGUUGCCCAACUCAACUGAGAGAGCGAUCACCAUUGCCGGGAUUCCACAGUCCAUCAUUGAGUGCGUCAAACAGAUCUGUGUGGUCAUGCUGGAGUCUCCCCCAAAGGGUGUCACCAUCCCCUACCGACCCAAGCCAUCCAGUUCUCCUGUCAUCUUUGCAGGCGGUCAGGACAGGUACAGCAGCGGCAGUGCAAGCUACCCCCACACCGCCCCAUCAAUGUGCCUCAACUCUGACCUGGAGGGACCACCUCAAGAGCUGACCAAGCUGCACCAGUUGGCAAUGCAACAGUCACACUUUCCAAUGUCUCAUGGCAACACUGGAUUCAGUGCAGGUUUGGAUGCAUCAGCUCAAACUACUUCUCAUGAACUCACCAUUCCAAAUGAUCUGAUUGGAUGCAUCAUUGGGCGUCAGGGCGCCAAGAUCAAUGAGAUUCGCCAGAUGUCUGGGGCGCAGAUCAAAAUUGCCAAUCCAGUGGAAGGAUCUACUGACAGGCAGGUUACCAUAACUGGAUCUGCAGCCAGCAUUAGCCUGGCUCAAUAUCUAAUUAAUGUCAGGCUUUCUUCGGAGACUGGUGGAAUGGGAAGCAGCUAG